CGUGCCCACCCUGGCAGUGCCCCCAAACCCCUGCCCUCCCCAUGCAGGACCCUGGGACUGACACAGCCCCUCCAGCCCACAGCUGAAUGGAAAGACUGCAGAAGCAACCACUGACCUCCCCUGGGAGCGUCUGUUCCUCCCGCGGGUCCAGCGUCCCUGGAUCGCCCUCCAGUAUCGUGGCCAAAAUGGACAACGAGGUUCUGGGCUACAAGGACCUGGCUGCCAUCCCCAAGGACAAAGCGAUCCUGGACAUCGAGCGCCCCGACUUGAUGAUCUAUGAACCCCAUUUCACCUACUCGCUGAUGGAGCACGUGGAGCUGCCCCGGAGCCGAGAGCGCUCCCUGUCUCCCAAAUCCAUCUCUCCUCCUCCAUCUCCGGAGGUCAUCCGGGAGUGGCUGGAGAACCGGACCCCCGGCAGCGCCCAGCAGCCCCCCUCUCGCCAGGGCAGCAGCUCGGGCCGCAGCAGCGUGCAGCACUUCCACCGACCCGAGACUGACACAACGGAGCUCAACAUAUACAAGAAGCCUCCGAUUUACAGGCAGAAAGAGCACCAUUCCGGCACCCACCACGGGAAGCAUCCCAUAGAGGAUUUGAUCAUCGAAUCCUCCAAGUUCCCGGCGGCGCAGCCCCCAGACCCCAACCAGCCCGCCAAGAUCGAGACCGACUACUGGCCGUGCCCCCCAUCCCUGGCCGUCGUGGAGACGGAGUGGAGGAGGCGGAUGGCCUCCAAAAGAGGGGAGGAGGAGGAGGAGGACCUGACGGAGGAGAUGAAGAACCUGCGGGAGCUCCAGAGGCAGGAGCUGAGCAAGGUCACCUCCAACCUUGGGAAGCUGAUCCUGAAGGAGGAGAUGGAGAAAUCUCUCCCCAUCCGGAGAAAAACCCGCUCGCUGCCGGACCGGACACCCUUCCACACAUGUACGUGGGAUGCUCUUCCCGCAUCCCAUCCCAUCCCUUCCCCAGGUGGUUUUGGGCAGGACCCCUCUGCCCCUGCACCCCCACGCUCCCCGGUUUCUUUUUCCAGCCGCUAG